AACAGAAGAAAAGUUAAAAUGUAGAACUGUUUAGAAUUCAGUUAGGGUUCGAAGUCAUUUUUUUUAAUUGUUUGAAUUUUAAAUUUAUUAUUUGAGAAAUAUAAGAAGAAGCGAUUGCCGCAGGUCAAGACGAGCCAGCGCUGGCCCAGGGUCAGUUGCGAAACUUUUAAUUCGUCCCCUCCUCCUUUGAUCGCUGAAAGUUAAUAAAAGGGGUCGCCAGACGGUCCUCAGCCAACCGUAUGAAGUCUCGUUCCACGCCAAAAUGACGUUAAAGUAGACUUCCUGUGGAAGUGGUGUAUCACAGCCCAAAUCGAAGUUAAUAUUUGACACCACUUUAAAAAAAAUGGCUGAAAACUAUUUGAAGAGGCUCGUCUUUGAAGGAUAAGAGUGUCAACGUAGAAAAGGACUGGUUCGAUUGCCUAAGCUUCCCUAGUCCGAGAUGGCUCUCCUGUGGCUUCCUUUAAUAAUGUGUGCGCUGUUGACUUGUGCCUUUAUCGCUUGCGAAUCGGCCGAAGGAGAUUUCUCGCAAAGAGAAUACGUCAAAUAUUUAACAAAUCCACCUGCUAUCGAGACUUACCCACAAGAUCAGACUGUGGCGAGUGGUGGAAUCGCAGUGUUUGUCUGCACGGCUGUCGGUAACCCUAACCCUCAAAUCGAGUGGCGCAAAAAUGGCAAAAGAGUGACAACGCAGCGAUAUGCAGCUAUAGAUAUGCCCAAUGGCUCGGUGCUUAGAAUCGAACCUGUGAGGGCUGGAAGAGAUGAUGCUACUUAUGAAUGUGUGGCUGAGAAUGGCGUUGGGGAACCUGUAAGAGCUCUUGCCGAUCUUGUGGUUCUUCCCGAGGAUUCAUUGCCCCCUGGAUUUCCGCGAUUUGUAAAACAGCCAAAUAUGCAAGGAAUUGAAAAGGGUCGUAGUGCAAUCCUUCCAUGCCAGGCAGAGGGGGAUCCUGAGCCAAAUAUUAAAUGGUUAAAAAAUAUGAUACCAUUGGAUAUGACUAUUCCUCGAUAUUCCUUGCAUCAAGGAUCUUCAUUGCAAAUUUCUGAUGCUGAAGAGGAAGAUCAAGGAAAUUAUGAAUGUAUGGCUGAAAACAUUCAUGGAUCUGCAUUAUCAGUUAUGGCCACAUUGUUUGUAAGAGUGAGACGUGUUCCACCGUAUUUUUCAAUCAGACCUGAAAAUUUAUAUGAAGUGAUGCCUGGAAGUUCCCUAAACAUUACAUGUGUAGCUGUUGGUUCACCAAUGCCAUUUGUGAAGUGGAGGAAAGGUCUAAUGGAUAUAACUCCUGAUCAUACUAUUCCAAUUGGGAGAAAUGUACUUGUGUUAACUGACAUCAAUGAGUCAGCCAAUUAUACAUGCAUUGCAGCUUCUAAAUUGGGUACUCUUGAAACCACAGCUCAAGUUGUUGUACAAGCUCUCCCUAGACCUCCAACAAAUGUUAGAAUAUCUGAUGUAACAGCCACAUCUGUACGUUUGUCAUGGUCCUAUGACAUUGGAUCUGAAAACAUAAUUUAUUAUGUUAUUCAAUACAAACCAAAACAGGCCAAUCAAGAAUAUAGUGAAAUCAGUGGAAUCACCACCAUGUUCUAUACAGUGCGUGAUUUGAGCCCUUAUACGGAGUACGAAUUUUACGUCAUUGCUGUUAACGGUAUUGGACGGGGUUCGCCGAGCACACCUGUUGUGGCCACAACUGGCGAAACAGAUUACAGGACUGAGCCAGUGGAGUCCUUUGGAGGCAGCAAACCUGGUAGUGCUCCCAGAAAUGUCCAAGCCAGGCCACUGAGUUCCAGUACUGUUGUCAUUCAGUGGGAUCCUCCAAAAGAGCCCAAUGGACAAGUAACUGGUUACAAAGUGUAUUACACUACACGGCCGAAUCUUCCCACCUCAGCCUGGAAUACUCAGCCUGUAGAUAAUAAUCAAUUAACUACCAUUAGUGAUCUUACCCCCCAAACCAUUUAUACCAUUCGUAUCCAAGCUUUCACUAGUAGAGGACCAGGACCACAUUCAGCUCCUGUUCAAGUUAAAACUCAGCAAGGAGUUCCUAGUCAGCCAAGUAACUUGCGUGUACUAGCAACUUCCUCAACAACGGUCCAUGUGUCCUGGUCCAAACCUUCUCAUUCUGGGGAAAAAGUUAUUGGGUAUGAUCUUUACUGGAAUGAUACCUUCACUCAACAACAGUAUCACCAGAGUUUACCUGAUACAGAUUCUUUUACAUUGACUGACCUAUAUCCAGAUACUUUAUAUUAUGUUUGGGUAGCCGCAAGAUCCAGGCAGGGGGAAGGUGCUGCAACGCCACCAGCUCAAGUUCGUACAGAUCAAUACGUGCCUGGCGCCCCUCCCCAAGAAGUUCGCGGCAAUGCCGUUAACUCCCGCUCCCUCCAAGUCACCUGGAAACCCCCUCCCCGUGAACAACAGAAUGGCGCCAUCAUCUAUUAUAAGAUCAAGUAUCUGAAAGCGGAGUUUGGAGACGACUUGGUUAAAGCCCAGGAGAUUAGAGUCGAGGCUGACCAACUUUCAUAUAUAAUAGGAGGGCUGGAAAAGUGGACAGAAUAUAGAGUCUGGGUCAUUGCUGGAACGGAAGUGGGCGAUGGCCCACAUUCGUUACCAAUUAUCUUACGCACGGAUGAAGAUGUUCCUGGAGAACCAAGGCAGGUAAAAGUGGCCCCCAUUAACAGCACAGCUAUUACUGUGAGGUGGAAACCUCCAGCUAACAAAGAUCGAAAUGGUCUGAUUCGAGGAUAUCAGAUCCAUGUGCAAGAAGUGACAAAUGAAGGAGAUUUGGUGAAUGAGCCUAAGAGAUAUGAUGUUGCUGAUGAAAAUGCUGAGGAAUAUAAUGUCACAAAACUUCAGCCUGAAACUCUGUAUGCAGUUCAGGUUGCAGCUGUUACUAGAAAAGGGGAUGGAACUCGCAGUCGUGUCAAGACUGUGAAGACUCUAGGAGGAGUUCCUACUCGCCCCGAAUUGACUGCUCAACUUAUACAAGAAGAACCUAAUCUUGUUGCUCAAAUCCAGUGGUCUCGUCCUACAAAUAUAUAUGGACAGUUAGUUAACUACAAAUUAAGAUAUGGUCGUGCAGAUACUCAACAGAUGGAAGAAAGAACAAUUAAUCCACUAGACCAAGUUCAUCAGAUUCCUAAUUUAGAUCGUGGGGCCCGUUAUGAAUUUUAUCUAUCUGGCAAAAAUAAUGUUGGUUGGGGUCAAGAGGCUUAUACAUAUCUUGAUACACCCGAAGGAGUUCCAACUGCACCACCGCAAAAUUUGUCACGUCGUUUACAAAGUCCCACUGGUGUUGUGAUCACAUGGAGUCCUCCUGUUCAGCAAUUUAGGAAUGGGCAGAUCACUCACUAUGGUAUAAAGUUUCACAAAAGCUCUGAUGGCUCUGUAAUGGAAAGAAAUACAACAGAAACAAGAAUGGUCUUCAGUAAUUUGGAUGAAAAUACAGAAUACACUUUCCAAGUAAAUGCCUUUACUAAGAAAGGUGCUGGCCCAUGGAGUCCAAGAAUGACAGUUCAAACACCAGGUGAUGUACCUCCUGCUCCAACAAAUGUCCAAGCUGUUGCAACAUCAGAUCAAUCUGUAGAAGUUUGGUGGGAUCCAGUACCAUAUUUUCUGGAUAUUCUAGGAUAUGAGGUAUUAUAUAUUCAGGCUCCAGUUGAAGAUUUAGAUAAAUGGUGUAAUAAAAGUGUUCCUUUGACAUGGUCAGCUGAGCUAACAGGUUUAGAUAGUCAUGCGAUGUAUGCUAUAAGGGUGGCUGCAAGAACACGUACGGAUUUGGGUCGUUUGUCAGAACUCAUCACAGUACGUGUAGCACCUACAGAUGUGCCCACUCAGCUUAGAGCUCAAGAUGUGACAACUCAUAGUAUGUCCUUAUCUUGGAGAAGGCCAUCAAAGUUAGAUCCUAUAAAAUAUAAGAUUUCUUAUGGAGCUCAUAAAGAGUUUUAUGACAGUCAAGGCAAUUUGCAAAAGUUGCCGAUUCCCACCCAUACUGUUUUUGUCGAUGCAAGCACAACCAAUUAUUCGGUUGAUAAUCUCAUGCCUUUCACUAGUUAUCAAGUUAAUAUAACUGCUGUACCUGCUGAUGAAACAUUUAGACCACCUGCUAAGAUUACUGUAACUACAGCUAUGGCAGCUCCAAAGCCUAUGGUGAAACCUGACUCAUUUGGUGUGAAAAAUGGUUGGGAAAUAACUGUUAUUUUACCCAAGGCUUCUGAAGAGUAUGGUCCUAUCAGUCAUUAUUUUCUUGUUGUUGUUCCUACAGAAGAAGCUACUAAAGAUCCAGGAGAAUUUACUAUUGAUGAAUUAACUGCUACUCCAUCAGAUCAGGUUGGACCUUACAUUGCAGCUAAAUUUUUACAUCGAUCUAUGCCAGAAAUUUUUCCUCUAGGAGAUGGUAAAAUGUACAAUGGUUAUCUGAACAGAAGAUUAUUGCAUGAUCAGAAAUACAGCAUAUUUGUUCGGGCAGUUGUAGAUACACCUCAAAAAAGUCUGUAUACUAGCAGCCCUUUCUCUGAUCCUUUAAGCCUUGAUAUGACACCAAUCCGUGGCCCUACUCCAGCUAUUGAUCCAGGAAUAAGAGAUCGAAAUGAUCUUCCAGAUAUGUCUCAGAUUAAUAGUGAUACAGACAAAGCACAAAUUAUUUGGAUUGUUGGACCAGUAAUAGCUUUGAUUUUGAUUACUUUCUUUGUCAUAGCUGUAUUUUUGAUGAAAAGACGCCAAUGUUAUAGGAAUUUCCCCCACCUAUAUAGAAGGCGUCAGAUGGCGAAAACACCAGGAGGAGAGACCACGAUGAAGUUACUGAUGACCACAGCUGAGAGAGAGCUACCCACACAUCCCACGGACCCUGUGGAGAUUAGAAGAAUGAAUUAUCAAACUCCUGCUAUGAUUAAUCAUCCACCAAUUCCUAUAACAGAGUUGGCUAAUCAUAUUGAGAUGUUGAAAGCCAAUGAUAAUUUGAAGUUUUCUCAAGAAUAUGAGUCCAUUGAACCUGGACAACAAUUCACAUGGGAGAAUUCCAAUCUUGAAAUCAACAAACCUAAAAAUCGUUAUGCUAAUGUCAUAGCUUAUGAUCACAGCAGAGUUGUUUUACAAUCAUUGGAUGCAAUUCCUGGCUCUGACUAUAUAAAUGCUAACUACUGUGAUGGAUACAGAAAACAAAAUGCUUACAUAGCCACUCAAGGUCCUCUUCCUGAAACAUUUGGUGACUUCUGGCGAAUGGUUUGGGAACAACGAAGUGCUACAAUAGUCAUGAUGACCAAGUUAGAAGAAAGAACUCGAAUUAAGUGUGACCAAUAUUGGCCUACUCGAGGGACUGAAACCUAUGGGGUAAUGCAAGUCACUUUAUCUGAUGUACAGGAAGUGGCCACCUACUGCAUUAGAACCAUUCAUAUAAUGAGGUUGAACCAAGGAGUAACUGAACAACGAGAAGUCCGGCAGUUCCAGUUUACAGCUUGGCCAGAUCAUGGAGUACCAGAUCAUCCUACUCCAUUCUUAAUGUUUUUAAGGAGAGUCAGAAGUAUGAAUCCUCCAGAAUCGGGACCAAUGAUAGUGCACUGCAGUGCUGGUGUUGGAAGAACUGGAUGUUUUGUAGUCAUUGAUUCUAUGCUGGAGAGACUAAAACAUGAAAGCACAGUAGAUAUUUAUGGGCAUGUGACCUGCUUAAGAGCCCAGCGUAAUUAUAUGGUUCAGACUGAAGAUCAAUAUGUUUUCAUACAUGAUGCUGUUCUGGAAGCAGUUAUAGCUGGCAAUACUGAAGUUCCUGCUCGUAAUCUCUUUGCCCAUAUCCAGCAAUUGAUGCAAGUUACACCAGUAGAAGGAUGUACUGGAAUGGAGCUGGAAUUCAAGAAACUGGCUAACAUGAAAACUCAAUCCAGUAAAUUUGUGAGUGCUAAUCUGCCUGUGAACAAAUUUAAAAACAGACUAAUGAACAUUCUUCCAUAUGAAUCAACUCGAGUGUGCCUGCAACCAAUACGAGGAGUCGAUGGCUCUGAUUAUAUUAAUGCUAGUUUCAUUGAUGGUUACAAAUAUCGAAAUGCAUACAUUGCAACUCAAGGACCUCUUCCUGAAACAACAGAAGAUUUUUGGCGUAUGCUUUGGGAACAUAAUUCUAAUAUUGUAGUCAUGCUUACCAAAUUAAAAGAAAUGGGAAGGGAAAAAUGUCAUCAGUACUGGCCAAACGAGCGCUCCCAACGAUACCUCUAUUAUGUUGUCGAUCCUAUUACAGAAUAUAAUAUGCCUCAAUAUAUCUUAAGAGAAUUCAAAGUAACUGAUGCUAGAGAUGGUCAAUCCAGAACUAUCCGCCAGUUCCAUUUCACUGAUUGGCCUGAACAAGGUGUUCCAAAAUCAGGAGAUGGCUUUAUUGAAUUUAUUGGACAAGUUCAUAAAACUAAAGAACAAUUUGGACAAGAAGGUCCUAUUACUGUGCACUGCAGUGCUGGAGUUGGCCGAAGUGGCGUUUUCAUCACUUUGAGCAUAGUUUUGGAAAGAAUGCAGUAUGAAGGAGUUGUGGAUGUUUUCCAGACUGUGAGAACAUUAAGAACUCAGCGCCCUGGAAUGGUUCAAACUGAAGAUCAAUAUCAGUUCUGCUAUCGUGCAUCUCUAGAAUACUUAGGAUCAUUUGACCAUUACACUAAUUGAACUUGUGAGUGAACCUGUGUGCUUAUAUGAUUGACUCCGAGGUUUCAUCUUGCCAAAGCAUUCCUCUCUGCUUGCUUGGGACAGGAUGAUCAUACUAAAUUUUAUGUUAAGUAUUUCAAUAUUACAAGGUGCACCGAUCUAAACCAGUUAUUAAAUUGGUGCUGAACAGAACUGGAGAACAUCUUACUUAUAUAAAACAGUGCACAUCAGCUAAAAAAUAAAUUUUUGAUUUAGGUAAACCGAAGAAAAAAAAACAUGAAGCUUCUAGUUAAAAUGUAUGCCAACAGCUUGCCACUGCCAAAAGGUGGGCUUGUUUGUGGUACAUUGUUCCUGUGGCAGUAAUAGUGUAGACUCGACAUGCAGCAGCAAAUGCUGUGAAAUUAAAGUUAUCAUCACAUAUCCAAGCAUUAAUUGACCUUAUGCAUUUUUUUAAAAAAACAUAUCAUUUUGGUCACCUAUUUAAGUUCAUUUCUCUAUUGUAAUCAUCCAGUUUUGUGGCUGACGUUAGCAUCUAAGAAACAAAGUUGCUCAGAUAUAGUUGUGUCUAAUGGACUUCAUUGCGAACUGAAAGACUAUUACGUAAUGGACUUUUGCGAGUUAAUAUAUCUGAAUAGGUUAUGCACUGUUCAGCUGUGCAGUUAUAUUUCUUUUCUCUUUACUAGUUUUUUUACACUGAUAGAAUUUGAUAUAAAGGAUGAAAAAAAAUCAAUUACUGUCAUGAAUAAUGGACCCACCAGAUUUUUAUUGUUUCCAGAAUAGUAUUGGACAUUAACAAAACUGUUUUUGGAGCAUCUUUUUUUUUAUGUUGAUGUUUACAAAAAGUUUUGAAUAUGAAUCAACAUAUGGAAUUUGAACAUUUUUUAUAUAGUUUUGUCCUUUUUAUUUUCAGUUGCCUACUUUCAGGAGCUGAAAAUCAUUGAUAUCGUAAAACUUUUGUGUAGAAUGAAUUUAGUUGUACCUCUGACAAUUUUCUGUGAUAUCGUAAUUUUUUUUUCUGCUUUUAUACUGAAAUGAUGCACUAAUAUCAAUUUACUUAAGCAUUAAGUGAUUACUUUUUUUUUAUACGUCUACAAAAUAUAUCAGAUUAGUUAUAUAAUGGAGCCUAUUGGCACAUAACGGCUUCAUGUUAUUAUAUUGAUUAGCUAGAUGUCAGUUUGACUUUUAAUGCAAUUGCAAUUAAUAUUCUUAAUCAGAUAUUUAGAUAAUAAUCAUAUGAUGCAAUUAUACUAUAUACAGUGAAUGGUGGGUUAAUGAACAUUUUUGCCGGAGGAAAACAAAUUACUUUUGCUCCUUGCUUUGUUUUGCAGGUGCUUUUGAUAAUAAAUAUUAUGGAAUAUAAAAUGUAUGGAAUGUCAAAGACAUGUAUUAUUGUUAGUUAUUACAGAAAUGAAUGCAAAAAAUAUUAUUUAUUUCAAUCUAUAUUGAAUUUAUUUGUAACAAUUAUAUUGGUAAUAAUUUAACAAAUUUUAUUAAUAAUCUAUGGUAAAUCAAUCCAAAAAAUAAAUAUAAUCAGAUUAUUUUUAUUAACUAAUCACUCACUGUGUUUCUUUUUGAAAGAUUCUAUAUAAAAAAAAAAUGUCAAUUAUCACAUUGAAAAAAUUUGUUUACUAUUGGUGCUUUUUCUAAGUAGUCAUUUUUAUGAAAAACCACAUGGAAAUGGAUUAAGUGUAUUAAUCAAAACAUUCUACUCACAAAGAAAAAGAAUGGAAUGAUUUUUUCCCCCCAUUUAUUUUUUUUAAAUCUAUUUUUCUUAACACGGGUAUAUAUAUUUUUGUUCUACUUCAUAACUAUAUGUCUUUUAUAAAUAAUUCUUUUCAUUUUGAAUCAUUUUGUGUUUUUUUCUGUCCCAUUACUCGUUCUUUUAUAUUUAUGUACACUUUGUAAGUAAGCUUUCAAAAUCUGUACAUUCGGUGAAUUUUAUUUUGUAAUAGUGCUAUGAAUUUUAUUCCAUGUUCCGAGAUCUCUUUUAGCUAACAAAAGUUGUCAGAUAGUUGCUAUAUUUUAGUUUUUCACAAAGAAAGAGGGAGAAAGUUUUAAUCCCAUGUAGUUCUUAGUUUGAAACUAAGUUAUCGUGUGUAAAUAUGUACAUUAUUGAAAUAGUAUAUUCCUAUUGUGAUUGUCAUGAGCUGUGUUGUCUUAAUUAUGAGGAGUUGCUUGUGUAAUUUUUGUUUUAAUAUUCAACUCGGAAGUUUACUUAAGUUUUAAAUUGAAUGAGUAUUGAAAAUCCUUCCCUUCCCAAAUAUCUCAAGAAAAAUAUAAAUAACUAAUACUCAUUAGUAAAAGAAUAAUAAAUCGUAGAAAAUAUACAUUACAUUUUUUUUCAUUUUCAUUAUAAAUAAUAAGAAAUGCUUGAUUUCAUAUUUUUCUAAAUUGUAUUUAAAAAAUUACAAUUGCUUAUUUAAUACUUAUAUUUUGUUUUACACUGCCAAAAUCUGCGUAAUUUGUCCAUUUAGUGUAUGUGUGUAAAUGUAAAGUCUUCAUGAAUGUAUUAUUUUUUGAAUAUAUUGUGUAUAUGUAUGUGACAAAGUAGAAAUUUUAUUUUCUCAAAUAAUGCAAUUUUUUUAAUGAACAUUUUCUAGUUGAACUUGUGUUUUAAUCGUUAUCUAUGUGUCAGUAUACUUGUUACAGUUCUAAAUUGUUUAGAAUUUCUAUUGUGAAACUAUAUCAUUUUUGUGUUAUAGUUUUUUAUACUUUUUUUUAAAAAGAAUCGCUUAUUCUAAACUGAUUUUUUGGAUGUCUGUGAGUUUAAGUUUCUUUGUGAAACAAGUGAUCUCUGUGUACUUCAUAUGAAUUUUAAAAAAUUUUAUGAGACCUAAUUUUAAGAAAGAGCAGCUUGUAACAGAAUGAUAUGUCAUUAUGUGUUAACGCAAUAGUUAUUGAAUUGUUUGUACAAAAAUUAAAUCGAACUUUUUGUUCCUUAUGUUACUAAUGAAAUUUCGAAUGUCUUAGAUAAGUAUUUAUUUUUGUAUGAUUGAAAGUGACUAACUUAAAAUGUGUAGCCUUGUCAAGUGAAUUGUAAAUCAGCUUUUCGAUUUUUUUUUAUUGCACAUUAUAUAAAAUCAUUUAUAACUCCA